CUAAAAUCGUAAAAUAUCGCAAAUAUCUAAAAGCUUGUGUCUCAUAUUUUCAGCCAUUCAUUAUUGAAUGUUAUUUGGAAAAAUCGAAGAUAAUUUGAGCGAGAGGAACAUGAAGAGCAAAAGUAUUCAAGGCUCACUGCCGAUUCCUCUGUGGCUCCACUAAUAAUUGAUAUAUUUACUCUCACGUCUCAACAUUAAACAAGAUGUCCAUGUUGUAGAAGAAUGGUUGCUUUACUUUGGCAGAUGACAACUUUUGAUGUUCUUGCUCUUUCAGGAAAAUACAAUGAAAAGCGCAUGAAAGAAACAAAAUUGCAUUGUAAACGCACCCAUAUCACAAGAAGAAACGCAACAUCACUAUUUCUGUUCCUUUCUUCUUCAAUUCCAUUCCAAUCCCAACAAGCAUAUGCAGCUGAAUCGUCGAUUCUAGACAUGUUUAGAAUGACUGUUCCUGACCAGACAGUGGAGGAAGCAGAGAAUGGAAUCAGAGAACAUGCAAUGAGUUUGGUACAAGUGAAAGAUCUGUUGGAAUUGGAAUCAUGGAAAGAGGCGCAAAAGGAAUUGAGGAAGAGUGCUUCUUAUUUGAAACAAGACAUUUAUACGAUAAUUCAAGGGAAGCCUGGAAUGGAAAGACCUCAACUUCGGAAUCUUUAUUCCAAACUUUUUAAUGAUGUCACAGGGUUAGAUUAUGCAGCGAGGGAUAAGGAUGUGCCACGUGUCUGGAAAUUGUAUAAGGAUAUUGUUGUCACUCUUGAUGAUAUUUUAUCUAAAGUUUAAUUACAAUUAGAGCGUAUUAUUUUAAGUA